GUAAAUAUUUAAGAUGAUCCUGCUCAUCCCAUAGAUAUUUGAAGUCUCAAUCAUAGGCUGUUUUCCCUGCCUGCCGUUCCUUUGGUUUUUCGAACUCUGUAUCUAUCCAGCAUCUUCCUACGAAGGAGGUCAUUCACUUCAAUUGACAUUGGACAAUUCAUUUCCUUCAACCAACUCUUCUCUUUCUUUCUCUCCUUUUCACCUUUCAACGAUCUACUUAACUGCCCUGGACGGCAUCGACCAACCAAACUUUCCUUUAAAUAAAAUUUUCUUCGAACGAUUCUUCAUUAUGAAGAACUUCCUGCUCGCGGCGGGUCUCCUGGCCUCGACUGUCUCUGCUCAUAUGCAGAUGAGCGAGCCAUUCCCCAUCCGCAGUCCCCUCAACAAGGACAACAACGGCAAGAAGGACUACUCGUACACCAACCCACUGUCGACUGAUGGCUCUGAUUUCCCGUGCAAGGGCUAUGCGGACGACCCGUUCAACGCGACUGCCAACUACAGCCCUGGCAGCAGCUACCCUCUGAAGCUCGCUGGUAGUGCCACCCACAAAGGCGGUUCUUGCCAGAUCUCCUUGUCGUACGACAAGGGCAAGACCUUCCAGGUUAUCCACUCCAUUCUGGGUGGCUGUCCCAUCGACAAGGAGUACAAGUUCACCGUCCCGUCUGACGCUCCCUCUGGCGAGGCUUUGCUUGCCUGGAGCUGGUUCAACAAGGUCGGCAACCGUGAAAUGUACAUGAACUGCGCUCAGGUCAACAUUGGCAGCGGGGGCGACAGCCAGAGUCACAAGAUGGUCGACAACGCUGGUGAUGAUGAUGAUGACCUAGAAGCUAACAACGCUACCGCACACGCUGCAAAUGACAAGGGCUUCGACAGCUUGCCUCCAAUGUUCAUCGCCAACGUCAACGGCCCUGGCAAGUGCAAGACAGUCGAAGGCAAGGACGUCAACUUCCCUAAGCCCGGUCCCUCCGUCGAGGGCUCUGUCGAGGGCAAGGGUUACAAAUGCGAUGGCGACGCCAACUUCCUCGCUUCUGACUCGGGAUCCAGCACUACCUCAAGCUCCAACUCCACCGAGUCGUCCAGCCACGACAGCAACGCGCCUGACAACGCCAACGCGGCCAUGUCCAGCUCUAUCCUCGACUUCCAGCGUAACGACGGUGAUGCGAACAGACAUUCCGUGGCCUUUGGUACCACUAGUUCUGAGCCCCGCUUCAGUUCUCCCACUGGCGCCCCUGGUCCUCAAGGUCAAGCUGCUCACGGCCACAGAAAGGGUCACGGCCAUGGUGGUGGCAAGCCUCACAACGCCUGGGGUCCUCCUGAUGAUCUCUUUUGCUCGCCUGAUGGCAACAGCUUCUCUCUCUUCACCGCCGACGGUUCCUUGGUCGACAUGGGUUCUGUCGCUGCAGGCACUAUCUGCCGUGAUGGCAAGAUCACCUGGGCUUAAGCUGAUUAUAUCUUCCCAUGUUUCUUGCACUAGACCUGCUUGACUUCACUUCCUCCCUCUAUGACGAUCACGGUUCCCUUGCCCGGAGCGAGGUGAUUCGCUUAUUUUGAAUUUUUUUUUUUUUUGUUUGGGUAAACAGACGGAUGAUGCUCUUCAGUGUCUUUGGACUGGGUUUUGGGAGUGGUGGAGAGGUCGGGUUUGGUUAUAGGCUGC